UGUCUUCUUCUCCAGAGAUGGUGGACACGGAGAGCAGCGUGGUCCUUGCUGAGUUUUGGGCUGGGCACGUUGGACUUGGCAGAGAUGGACAACAAGAUGAAUAGUUUUGACAUGGAGACCCUGUCGACGCUGGACUACCCGUAUCUCCCCUCUCUAGAGUACAGCCACAACAGUCCCCACCACCACAGCCCAGACAGAAGCCACUCAUUUAACCACAGCCCAGACAGAAGCCAAUCAUUUAACCACAGCCCAGACAGAAACCACUCAAUCAACCACAGCCCAGACAGAAGCUACUCAUACAACCACAGGUCAGACAGAAGCCACUCAUUUAACCACAGCCCAGACAGAAGCCACUCAUUUAACCACAGCCCAGACAGAAGCCAAUCAUUUAACCACAGCCCAGACAGAAACCACUCAAUCAACCACAGCCCAGACAGAAGCUACUCAUACAACCACAGGUCAGACAGAAGCCACUCAUUUAACCACAGCCCAGACAGAAGCCACUCAUUUAACCACAGCCCAGACAGAAGCCAAUCAUUUAACCACAGCCCAGACAGAAACCACUCAAUCAACCACAGCCCAGACAGAAGCCACUCAUUUAACCACAGCCCAGACAGAAGCCAAUCAUUUAACCACAGCCCAGACAGAAACCACUCAAUCGACCACAGCCCAGACAGAAGCCACUCAUACAACCACAGGUCAGACAGUAGCCACUCAUUUAACCACAGCCCAGACAGAAGCCACUCAUUUAACCACAGCCCAGACAGAAGCCACUCAUUCAACCACAGGUCAGACAGAAGCCACUCAUUUAACCACAGCCCAGACAAAAGCCAGUCAUACAACUACACAUACAGUGUGUAUCAAAGUUCAGUAAACGAUGAGCCCUUAUCGCCUUCUCAGUCUAGCGACUGUCACAUUGUCAGCCUGUCCAGACCCCGGCCUCACUCCAAUCCCCUUACUUACACAGACGCCAGCUCUCCACUCAAUAUUGACUGUAGAGUGUGUGGGGACAAGGCCUCAGGCUUCCACUAUGGCGUCCAUGCCUGUGAGGGCUGCAAGGGGUUCUUCCGCAGAACCGUGCGGUUAAAACUGGUGUAUGACCACUGUGAGCUGCACUGUCGGAUUCACAAAAAGAGCCGGAAUAAGUGCCAGUACUGUCGCUUUCAGAAAUGUCUGCUUGUGGGCAUGUCACACGAUGCCAUCCGCUUCGGCCGGAUGCCCCAGGUGGAGAGAGAGAAGCUGCAGGCUGAGUUUAUGGAUGUGGACCCCAGGAACCCAGAGUCAGCGGAACUGAGAGCCCUGUCCAGACAGCUGUGCUUGUCCUACCACAGACACUUUCCCCUGACCAAGAGCAAGGCCAAGGCCAUCCUCUCUGGAAAGACCCACGGAAACUCACCGUUUGUCAUCCAUGACAUGAAGUCUCUGACGGCGGGUCAGUACUUUAUAAACUGUAGACAGCUCCCAGUACUGGAGCGCCAGAGGUCCGUCCUGCCCCCUGAGGAGCCUGCUGGGGAGCUGGAGCUCUCCGUCUUCCGCCGUAUCCAGAUCCGCUCCGCAGAGGCCGUACAAGAGGUCACAGAGUUCGCCAAGAGCAUCCCUGGGUUCACAGAGCUGGACAUGAACGACCAGGUGAUCCUGCUGAAGUACGGGGUCAUCGAGGUCAUGACGACCAUGCUGGCGCCGCUCAUGAACAAGGACGGCACACUGUUUGCCUAUGGACAGAUCUUCAUGACCCGAGAGUUCCUCAAGAGCCUGAGGAAGCCUUUCUGUGAGAUGAUGGAGCCCAAGUUUGAGUUUGCGGUAAAGUUCAACGUGCUGGAGCUGGACGAUAGUGAUAUGGCGCUCUUCUUCGCCGUCAUCAUCCUCAGUGGAGACCGUCCAGGCCUGGUGAACGUGAAGCCCAUUGAGGACCUCCAGGAGACAGUGCUGCAGGCCCUGGAGCUGCAGUUGAAGACCAUCCACCCAGACUGCCCCCAGCUGUUCGCCAAGCUACUGCAGAAGAUGACCGACCUGCGGCAGCUGGUGGCCAACCACGUCCGCCUCAUCCACCUGCUCAAGAAGCAGGAGCUGGAGGUGUGUCUGCAUCCCCUACUGCAGGAGAUCAUGAGAGACCUGUACUAAAGUGGAGGGGGAUUCAGUUUAACAACUAUGAGGAAAAGAAGACUGCUCACUGUGAUAUAUACAGUAGUACAGUAUUAUCCCAAUUGUGAUUACUGUAACAAUGUGUAGACCCUUAUAGAUCUUUAACUAGCCUGGUCCUAGACCUGUUUGUGCUUCGUCAACGCCUCUGUGGCUUGUACGUCGU